AUGGAGGCCUGCAAGCCAAGCAGAACUGAAAUAUUACCGAAUGAAGGUUUUGUUUGUCUUGAAAAAUACAUCAAGGAAUUUUCAGCCUCGUACGUGUAUACUCAUCCGGUAUCAAGUAAGGAAACUUUAACCAAAAAAGUUCGCGAAUCCAUGACAGCAAAUGUUAAAACGUCAGCUUACAAAAGCCUGUUGAAUCCGAAGAUCAAUAAAUUUGGUAAAAAUGAUGGCGAAUUUGGAAAUGCCGAUCAACAAAUUUUCAACUUUGCAAAAGAAGCCAUAUUUAAACAUACUUCAACUAAAAAGCCGGCGAGACUGAAUAAACUUUUAGCUACUUACAUGGAUUCCAUUGGUCAAAUUGCAUGUGGAGACAUUCGAGGGACAUGUUUCUUGGUGACAGACAUGCUGGUGAUAACCAACCAUCAUGUUUGUACGAUGAUCAACGCGGAAAGAGAGGAACAGCAAAAUUCCAACUUGCCCAUCACAGUCUCAUUUGAUUACUUGUGCUCAGAACAAAGAGAGCAUGUUCUCACUGUUGAGGUUGAUGAGGAACGGAAUCCUCAGCUUGAAAACUCACACUUGGAUUAUAAAUUUUUACGUUUGAAAGAAAACGAAAGUCUGAGGAAUCGUGUUCCACUUGGUCCGAUUGUUAGAAACCGUCCAUUACGCGAAGGUCGAAUUAUUAUAGUGGGUUAUCCAGGCGGUGAUGAAAUGCAUGACGAAACAUGCGUUGUUGUUAGCAGUCACUCGUGGCGUGAAAAACUGCAACAAAGACAUGAACUUUGUGCUGGUGUGCACAUAACCAGAUUCGAAAUAGAGCAGUCUACCAAAAGAUAUGCAAAAUGUCUUCCAUACGACACAAGUCUAUUUUCAGGUGCUAGUGGUUCACCUGUUUUCGAUCUGAAUGGAAACAUCGUUGCGAUGCACACACAGGGAUAUACCCUAGAGGUUGAUGGAGGAAAUUGUUCCUUGAUGGAGUUUGGUGUCCAGUUCAAUGCAAUUUAUCAAGACAUGAGAAGACGGUAUAAUGUUGUGGAACAAUUCUUUCCAAACUGUAAUUUGAAUACUGGUGAAGAACGAACGGAUAUGAACCCAAACUAUAAUUUGGAUAUUGGUGAAGAAAGAAUGGAUGUGAGCUAA